AUGAACGACGACGCCGAGCUUUAUCAGAAAAGCAACACCUUGCAGAAGAGAGACGCCCUGGAGUGCCUCGAGGAGUACGCGAGGAAGAUCAGAUGGAGACGCCUCAGCGACCGGGUGAUAGACAUUGGGUGCGGAGACGGCAGCGUGACUGCCAGUAUACUGAGGAGAUACAUACCGAAUAGCUGCAGCAGGCUCAUGGGAUGCGACAUCAGCAAGAAGAUGGUACAGCACGCGAACAAACACUACGCGAAUAACCAGAUCUGCUUCAGGGUAAUGGACAUAGAAGGCGCUCUGCCGAGGGAGUUGCGGAACAGUUUUGACCACGCGUUUUCAUUCUACACCUUACACUGGAUUAAGCGGCAGGAGUGCGCGUUCAGAAACAUAUUUGAUCUGCUUAUAAAAGGUGGCGAUUGCUUGCUGAUCUUCCUUGGACAUAUGCCAGUGUUUGAUGUAUAUCGUAUCCUGGCUCGAAGUAACCGGUGGAGACCCUGGUUGAAGGAUGUCGACCGCUUCGUAUCUCCUUACCACGACACACAAGAGCCUGAAAAAAAAAUAAAAGUAAUGAUGGAGGCUAUAGGUUUUCACAACGUUGAAGUUAAACGGAAAGAGAGAUCCUUUACAUAUGACAGCGUAGAGGCUGUAAAAAAAGCGGUAACAGCAGUGAACCCAUUCAAGAUACCGAGCGACAUGCACGAAGACUUUAUGGAGGACUACGUGAGUGUAGUCAGAGACAUGAGGCUCAUAGACCAAGUUAACAACAACAUAGACGGCUUGAUCAGCGUAAGGGCCAACUACAGCCUGCUCAUAGCAUACGGGAGAAAG